AUGGGCGAAAAGGACGAUUUUUUUCGGCAUCGAGUACACUUCCUCGACGAGUUUUUCAGCCGCAAAAGGAGGAGAUGAAAAAAAGUUUCCCAGCUUUUUCGAGUUCUAAAGUUGAUUUGAAUGAUUUAUUAGAACGAAAUUGAGCCAUCGAAAAGAAGGAUAUUGAAAGAACAGCCCAGUGGAACGGACUACCUCGAUGAACAGUUUUUUCCGGGUAUUGAGGUGAUUUUUUGUUGGAAAUAAAUUUUUUAGAGCUUUAAAAGUUGUUAAAAAAGAUUUCCAGGAUUUUAAAGGAGCAUGCGAAAAAAUUCUUGGAGGUCUUGAGGCGAACAGUUUUUUUAGUGUUAUUUUAACCUAUAAAAACGAUGUCAAUUGCUCAGUAAAAUAGAUUCACGAAAAAACUUUGUAAUUAGUGAAUUUUGAAAUAAAUAGUGUUUUUUUAGAAAUAUGAAAGGCGCAACGAAGCAACAGAAAAUGAAACCGAGGCCGGAAAUCGACUAAAUUUGGAAAAUACGGACGAUUCCCAGCAGGACUACUUCAGUCAUCAGUAUUUCAAUAAGAGGAAACAAGAUCCGAGGGACUUUCAGAGGUGAAAAUUAGAAUGAACCCCGAAAUUUAAGAGCUUUCAAAUGCUAAAACGGACUUUGAAAUCGUCAGAAAGCCGAAAAAUAGCAUCAAAAUGAGUUGAAACUAGAGAAUUUUGAUUUUGAGAGUGUUGAGAACGCUUGGAAAAACUGUGAAGGUUCAAAGAUCAAUUUUAAAUGCUCUGAAAGUCGAAAAAUAGCUUUAUAUUCGUAAAUUUUGAUCUCAAGAGCGUUAAGAAGCGUAUAUAUAUAUAUUCUGAAAUUUGACUUUGAACUUUUUCUGCAUAUCGAAAAUAGCUUAAAAAAAUGAUACAGAAUUUUUUUUAUUUUAAUUAAUUGCGUUCAGCUUUUUCUGUAGGAAAUCCUGUUAUCUUCCGAAAAAGCUCAAAAAAAGAAGACUUUUUCCAUUUUUUUCAACAAUUUUUUUAUUUUUCUUUUUGAAGCUUGGUUUUUUUAAAGUUUUUCAUUGUUAAUCUUUUUCCAGAAGGCCUCGAGACGAAAAUUUCCAGUUGAAUGAGGAGAAUGAUAAUCAGUCAAGAGGGCCUGAAUUUGAACGAAGGAAAUCAAUGUUCAAAGCAGAACCGUCGGAAAAUGAUGAAUUCAAGGGUCAAAAAAGAGUUUUCAAUAAGAAAAACGAUUCAAGAGGAUUUGUUAGGUAAGAACGAUUUUUAAUGUUUCUGGUAGAUUAGAAAUAGAAAACUUAUAUUUUUUUGAGCAAUGUGGGAAUUGUCUAUGAACAUCAUGAAGCCAGCAAAAUUUAAUUCAGUGUUAAUCCAGUAAAAGCGCUCCUGAAGAUAUUUUUUUCAAUAAGUUGACAUAAAAUUCUCGAAUUCGCACAAUUUUUUUCAAGAAAACCAUUGAAAAAGCUCAAAUUUUGAAAAAAAUAUGAGCUCCUUUCUUGAAAAUUCAGUUUUUUGCAGUUUUUCUUAGGAGUUUUCAUGCAAUUUCGUUCUAAUUUUAAAGGGACAUUUGAGAAUUUCUGAAAAGGUCUUGAAGCGAAUGGCUAUUUAUUUUUUUAAUAUUUUUAACGCAUAAUUUUAAUAUCAACAAGAUUUUUUUCCCUUUUUUUAGAAGACCUCGAACUGAAAAUUUCGAGUCUUACGAAAAAGAAGAACAAGAAAAAUCAGCCGAGAAGAGUGGAGAACUGGAAAAAUGA